AUGCAAUACUCUGUUGUUGAUAAUAAUUUUGUCAAUAUUGCCGGCCAUGUUUCCAAUAAUUUUGGUGCAAAUGCUAAAAUAUGCCCACAUAUAAUGCAUAAACGCAUUGAUCUUAAAAAUGCAUAUACUGUCCUAAAAACAUUUCAAACCCUCAGCCAAGAUAUUCAUAAUCAAAACACAUCCGAUGUCCCAUCAACUUUACUAGGGUGUGUGCGAAAGCCCCCAUCGAAUCGGUCUACUCUACCCAUCUAUCAUAAUGAAGAAUGUGUCGUUGGUGGUGGUUGUGGAUAUAUAGGAAAAGAUGAAGGUCAUAUGAACAAAGCGCUUGGGUCAAUUCCUUAUUUCAUGGACUCUUCAAUUUUAGGGGAGCAAGUUAUUAGUUACGCUCAUGACAGUCCAAUCAAAACAGUAAUGACCGCUUUUCAUAGCACUGUAGUCAUCAAAAGAAUUCAAAAAAUGCAUAAAGGCUUCUAUGCCGCUUUACAAAGCAAUCUUCAUGAACUUCAGGCAUCACUGUUGCUGAAAACAGUUGUAUCAGAUAUACAGACCUACUAA